AAUGGAACUAAAAUAAUCAUAUGACUACUUUUCGUCACGUCUAGCUUUGCUAUUGAUUUGUGUCUUGGUCUCGAUUCUCUCCGGAUAGUUUUUGUGUGUAACAUUAGAAAUGGCGAGCCAGACACAGGGAAUCCAGCAACUUUUGGCUGCUGAGAAACGCGCCGCAGAAAAGGUUUCAGAGGCCAGGAAGCGGAAAGCAAAACGCCUAAAGCAAGCCAAGGAAGAGGCUCAAGAUGAGGUUGAAAAGUACAGACAGGAACGUGAGCGACAGUUCAAAGAGUUUGAGGCCAAGCACAUGGGCACAAGGGAAGGUGUUGCUGCUAAAAUCGAUGCAGAGACGAAGAUUAAGAUCGAAGAAAUGAACAAAAUGGUUCAGACACAGCAGGAAGCGGUGAUUACUGAUAUCCUCAACUUGGUCUACGACAUCAAACCCGAGCUGCACGUCAAUUACCGCUUUGAAUAAGCCAAUGUUACGCAUAACAUAUUAACUUUUUCGCGUAUUAAAUCUGCGAACAACCGAUUAUAGUUCUAAUUGUUAUUAUUAUUCUGUUUAUAAUCUGUAGCCACUAGGGACGCGUGCAAAUGUCUUAAAUGACAACUAUGCGCGGUAAAAAACGCGGGAAAACAAGAUGGUUGCCAUUUGCUGUAAAUACAUGAAAUAGCUUGUAUUGCCAAUAAUAAUAAUUAAUCAUUGAAUAUAUUUAACCCUUCAAUUACAAUCAGCUCGAUAUCAUUCCAUUAAUGUCGAAGGAUCCGCUUGAGAACACGAAAAAAAAUAAUUAUAUUUAAAAAUUGUAUGUUAUUCAAUGUUGUAUGUUGAAUAGAAAUAUAUGGAGUUUUAAAAAUAA